GUCUCCUUGCCGAUCACAAGUCCUGGCGACCAGCCAAGAUGUUCCCAGCGGGUACUGCGCAGGCUUUGUAUGUGCACGAAAACCGUGGCUUGUACCUCUAUCAUCGUGGGUGUAUCUCACCUCGUCCUGUUUGUCCUAGAGACAGAAAGGACGGCACCGACCUACGGCAUGGCUGGGUGCAGCACGGUGGCCGGGUUCGCAGGUGCCUACCUGUGCCUCCGGGCAAGUUCAGCGCACGCAAGGUGGACAGCAGGCUUCCUCUUGUGGACCUGGAUCCUGGGGCUGGUCCAGACGGAUGGAAUCCAGAACAUCCAAUUUCUUGUUGGGCCCGGACGAGAAGACCACCGGUUCAGGCCGACCAAGCUGAGCAACGACAUCUUGCGGCCGAUACAGGAAGUUUGGCUCAUUCUGCUUUCCGUGCAACGCCUGGACUCAUUGCAGAGCUCUGCCGAGUACGAGUUCAUUCCCAACUUGAGGAGGGUGUUUUGGGCAGUCGGCCUUGUGUACAUUCUGGGCCAGGUUGUGGGCAUGGCUGUGGCGUUCACACUGCCUCUGCCUGCACCUAUGAGCCGAGGUGUCGACUUUUUGCAGGACGCGAUCUUCUGCGGCUUUGUUUGGCUUUGUGCGCGGAUUCUGGUGGCCUAUGUGCAGGUGUUGAGGCACCUGAAAGAGGCAGAAGCAGAGGCCACAGGCCUGGGAGAGCGCGCGACGCCGGCCUGCGAGGCCGUGAGGCGUGCGCAGAGGGCCAUGCGCAAAGAGACCUGGGGACUCACACUGGCCUUUACCAGCACCUUUGGCGCCUACUCCGUGGCCCGGGUGCUGAUAAACUUCAACCGUUUCGGUGAGCUGCCCUAUAUUCUGAUGGUCGUGCUGCUGGGCAACACCUUGGGGUCUUGGUUUCUGUCCAACGCCCACAAGCUGCCAAGACGAGCCGCAGCAGAGGUGAAGCCGAGCAAGUCGAAGCUGCCAACUCGCAAGGCUGCUAAAAGAUCGCGGACGGCGCCCCAGAAGUCGGAUGCCUUGGAUGAGUGGUACAAGAAGGUCAAGGAGCUCUCUGUGAGGGGCAUCACUGCGCAGGCCUUGCUCCAAUUCUAUCAAGAUCUGGGGCACACCAUGCCACACUACAGGCCCAAAGGGCCGGGGGGGGAGGGCUUAGGGUUCAGGGAUCUAAAGACCAUCUUCCCUAAGCCCGGGGCUUCAUGA